AUGGAGGAGAAGGAGAUGCAGAAGAUUAACAUCGAUGAGGAGGUGGAGUAUGGUAACAUCAAGAAGGAGAAUGAGAAGAUUAACAUCUUGGAGGAUAUAACCAUGGUGGAUGAAAUAGAGGAGAUUAACAUUGAGGAGUUUCAGGAGGCUAACACUGAGGAGGAGUUGGAGCAGAUAAACAUCAGGGAGGUAGUGGAGGAGAUUAAGAUUGAGGAGGUAGAGGAGAUUAAGAUCAUAGAGGCAGAGGAAGUUAAGAUCGAGGAGGUGGAGGUGGUUAAUAUCAAGGAAGUGGAAAUUAAGAUUGUGGAGGUGGAGGAGAUUAAGAUCAAAGAGGUGGAGGAGAUUGAAAAUAUGGAGAAUAAGAUCGAGGAAGUAGAGAAGGUUAUGAUCAGGGAGGAGAAAGAGAUUAAGACUGAGGAGGAGAUAAACAUCGAAAAGCGGGGGAAAGUGGAGGACAAUACAAUCAAGGAGGUAGAGGAGAAGAACAUCAAGGAAGAAGAAGCACUGGAAGUGAUGGUGGAAAUCAUCAAUACUGAGGAGGAGAAUAAAGGUGCGGUGGUGGAAGAGGAAGAGUCAGAAGAAGAAAGUGAGGAGGAAAAAUAUCAGGCUCUCAUGUGGUGGUGGACGGUGGAGGGCUCCGAGCUGCCAGUAAGCAAGGAGGAAAUAAAACUGGAGGAAGAAGAGGAGGAGAAGAAGGUGGUGGAGGAGGAAAAGGCGGGAGAGGAGGAAGUGAAAGAGGAAAAGGCUAGAGAGGAAAUGGAAAAGGAAAAGGUGCGAGUGAAGGAAGUAGAGGAGAAAGAGAAUGUAGAGGUUGAACAAGCUGAGAACACAGCAAGGACAAGACGCGGUUGGUGGACACCAAGUUGGCUGAGAAGACAAAACAAGAGCAGCAGAAAGAAGGAGAAAGGGUUUGAUGAAAUACAUAACUCCUGGUUACAGGCUCGAGCUUUGGUUGGUGAAUUGCGUAGAGUCAGAUUGGAGGAAGUCAAGGAGGUGAAAAAGGAGGAGGAGGAGAUUAAGAUUGAAGAGAAGGAGAUGGAGGAUAUUAAGAUUGAGGAGAAGGAGAAGAUUAACAUCGAUGAGGAGGUGGAGUAUGGUAACAUCAAGAAGGAGAAUGAGAAGAUUAACAUCUUGGAGGAUAUAACCAUGGAGGAUGAGAUAGAGGAGAUUAACAUCGAGGAGUUGCAGGAGAUUAACACUGAGGAGGAGUUGGAGCAGAUAAACAUCAGGGAGGUCGUGGAGGAGAUUAAGGUUGAGGAGGCGGAGGAGAUUAAGAUCAUAGAGGCAGAGGAAGUUAAGAUCGAGGAGAUGGAGGUGAUUAAGAUCAAGGAAGUUGAGAUUAAGAUCGUGGAGGUGGAGGAGGUUAAGAUGAAGGAGGUGGAGGAGAUAAAAAAUAUGGAGAAUAAGAUCGAGGAGGUAGAGAAGGUUAUGAUCAGGAAGGAGGAAGAGAUUAAGACUGAGGAGGAGAUAAACAUCGAAAAGCAGGAGAUAGUGGAGGACAAUACAAUCAAGGAGGUAGAGGAGAAGAACAUCAAGGAAGAAGGAGUACUGGAAGUGAUGGUGGAAGUUAUCAAUACUGAGGAGGAGAAUGAAGGUGCGGUGGUGGAAGAGGAAGAGUCAGAAGAAGAAAGUGAGGAGGAGAAAUAUCAGGCUAUCAUGUGGUGGUGGACGGUGGAGGGCUCCGAGCUGCCAGUAAGCAAGGAGGAAAUAGAACUGGAGGAAGAAGAGGAGGAGAAGAAGGUGGCGGAGGAGGAAAAGGCAGGAGAGGAGGAAGUGAAAGAGGAAAAGGCUAUAGAGGAAAUGGAAAAGGAAAAGGUGGAAGUAGAGGAGAAAGAGACUGUAGUGGAGGAACAAGCUGAGGACACAUCAAGACCAUUGGACAUAGAGGCGAUGCCGGACAAGACGCGGUUGGUGGACACCAAAUUGUCUGAGAAGACAAAACAAGAGCAGCAGCAUCAGAAAGAGCAGCAGGAACAGACUAACAAGACUGCAAAAGAUCCUCUGAGAAAACCCAAGAAGUCAUUAAAGUGUGUUUCUUGCCUCAAACGACUUCCUGAUGACUAUCCUAAGAAACUAUGCAGGGACUGCAUUGCUAAAGUUGUCCGGGAGGAACAACCGUCCCUCAUGGACGAGAUUAGGUCCAUGAUGCAGGAAGAGAUUGUCUUCUUUUGCGACCUUUUUCUCUCUUCAAAGAGAGAAACCUGUGGAGCGGCCCUGUCCUGUGGUCCCAGAGCCCCCCGCUAA